AUGGACAAUUUUGAGAUUUAAAAAAAUCGUAUUGAUGAAAGUGAAUAAUAAUUAAAAGUUGGUUUUUAAUAAAAUCAAUAAAAAAGUAAAGUGAGGACUUCAUAAUUGGAUUUAUUAAGAAAAAUGUUAGAUAUUGAUGCAAGUAAGUUUUUUAUAAUAUGAGAUAAAAGAUUGACAAUAAAAGAAGCAACUAAACAUCAUUGGUUUGUGAAUGUAAAAAGUAAAAUUAAAUCUUUAAAAGUGGAAAGAAAAAGAAAAAAACCACUAUCAAGUUUAAGAACUAUUAUUGAAUUAAGAGAAAUGAGUGAAAUGGAUGUAAUAAUGACAAUUAUUUAACAAUAAUAAAGUGGAUUGAAUGCAUUAAAUAAUAUGAAUUCUAAAUUAUAAUUAACUACAUCCAAUACAAAAAGAACAUUAAUUUAUACCUAAUAACCUUCUAAACUCAGUUAAGAUAUGGUUAAAAAUGAAUUGAUGAUGAUUAUGAAAGUAAAAAUAUCCAUUUUUAACAUUUAAUUCCUGGUGAAGAAUUAUAAUUGA